CGAGCCCGGCCCCGAGCGAGGAGGCUGCGCCGCGCGCGGCGCGCCAGGGCGGGAGCCGGGCCUGGGUCGCGGGCGGGAAUCGGCCAGGGGCGCACCAGCCGUACGGCGGGACGCCUGGGAGUUGCGGCGAUGGCGGUGCAGGCGGCGCUCCUCAGUACGCACCCCUUCGUCCCCUUCGGCUUCGGGGGCUCCCCGGACGGGCUGGGGGGCGCCUUCGGAGCCCUGGACAAGGGCUGCUGUUUCGAGGAUGAUGAGACCGGGACACCGGCGGGCGCGCUGCUGGCCGGCGCCGAGGGCGGGGACGUGCGCGAGGCCACCCGCGACCUGCUCAGCUUCAUUGACUCGGCGUCCAGCAACAUCAAGCUGGCAUUGGACAAGCCCGGCAAGUCGAAGCGGAAGGUGAACCACCGCAAGUACCUGCAGAAGCAGAUCAAGCGCUGCAGCGGCCUCAUGGGCGCCGCGCCCCCCGGCCCGCCCUCUCCAGGCGCACCCGACGCGCCGGCCAAGCGAUCCCUCGCCGGCCCCGGCGCCCAGAACGUCGCGGUCCCGCUCCACGGCAAGGCUGCCCCCCGGCGGGAGGCGUCGCAGGCCGCGGCUGCCGCCAGCCUGCAGAGCCGGAGCCUGGCCGCACUCUUCGACUCGCUGCGCCACGUCCCCGGGGGCGACGAGCGGGCUGGGGGUUCGGUGGCGGCGCCCGUGGCCGGGCUCGGUGGAGCGGGCGCUGGGGGCUCGGGAGGGGACGCGGCCGGCCCCGCGGGAGGUACGGCCGUCCCCGGCGCCAGGAAGGUCCCGUUGCGGGCCCGCAACCUGCCCCCGUCCUUCUUCACCGAGCCGUCCCGGGCGGGAGGCGGUGGCUGCGGACCGUCGGGGCCCGGCGUGAGCUUGGGCGACUUGGAGAAGGGCGCGGAAGCCGUGGAGUUCUUCGAGCUGCUGGGGCCCGACUACGGCGCCGGUACAGAGGCGAGUGUCUUGCUCGCCGCGGAGCCUCUCGAUGUGUUUCCCACGGGAGCCGCCGUUCUGCGGGGCCCCCCGGAGCUGGAGCCCGGUCUCUUUGAGCAGCCACCCGCGAUGGUGGGGAGCCUACUGUACUCCGAGUCCUGGAGCGCCCCGGGCUGCCCCCCGACCAAGAAGCCACCCCUGGCCGCCCCCCGCGGCGGCUUGACCUUGAACGAACCCUUGCGCCCCCUGUACCCCUCUGCGGCGGACUCUCCCGGCGGAGAGGACGCGCCCGGCCUUUUGGCGUCUUUCGCCCCCUUCUUCUCAGACUGCGCACUGCCCACGCCACCGCCGCCGCAUCAGGUGUCCUACGAUUACAGCGCGGGCUACAGCCGCACGGCUUAUUCCAGCCUCUGGAGACCGGACGGGGUUUGGGAAGGGGCGCCCGGGGAGGAGGGGGCGCACCGGGACUGAGGGAGAGGUACCGUUGCCUGUUUGCGACUGCUGUGGGGAGCUCCCGCCUCCGGGUUUCUCCUAAGCCUAAGAACGAUAGGAAAGUGCACGUGGAGAUGAAACGGGAUUUUAAAAUAUUCAAUUAAUAAAAGAAACUUAAAAAAA